UGUGUUUCUUUUUAUCAGAACAUCCGGAGCUGAACAGUUCAGUUCGAUAGUUGUUGGUUGUUUACUGGAUGGACGAAUUAGAUUAUGCAGGAAAGGUGCAUAUAUUUUGAUCCAUGAUAAACCAGUGAAAAGUUUUACGAGCGUCGCUCUACUGCCGACAACAGGAAUCCGUGUAAAAUUUUGGAUAGUGAUAAAUAGGUGCGUUUUAGUACUGAACUGAAGUAUUCACAGUAACCAUGUUUGUGCUCUACGAGACGCCGGCAGGUUAUGCCAUAUUCAAGCUUUUGGAUGAAAAGAAAUUACAAGAAAUCGAUAAUCUUUAUCUGGAGUUUGAGAGUCCAGAGCGUGCAAAUAAAAUCGUGAAACUCAAGCAUUUCGAAAAAUUUGCUGACACUGUGGAAGCCCUGUCUGCGGCCACAGCUGCCGUGGAAGGGAAGCUUUCGAAGCCACUGAAAAAAACCCUCAAAAAAUUAGUUUCCGAUGAUGUGCAGAAUCAACUGCUAGUGGCGGAUGCCAAACUCGGUAAUGCAAUCAAAGAUAAACUGGCACUGCAGUGUGUUUCCAACACAGCGGUCCAAGAGCUGAUGCGAUGCAUCCGUUCGCAGUCGGAAAAUUUACUGUCGGGGCUUCCCAAGAAAGAGAUGACGGCGAUGGCGCUCGGGCUGGCCCAUUCCUUGUCACGCUACAAACUCAAGUUUUCACCCGAUAAAAUCGAUACCAUGAUUGUGCAGGCUCAGUGUCUGCUGGAUGAUUUGGACAAGGAAUUGAACAAUUACAUCAUGCGGGCCAGAGAAUGGUACGGUUGGCACUUCCCGGAAUUGGGAAAGAUUCUGACGGACAAUAUCGCGUUUGUCAAAACCAUCAAAUUGGUAGGAACGCGCGACAACAUGGCCACUAACGAUUUGUCCGACAUUCUACCGGAAGAAUUGGAAGAAAAGGUAAAGGAAGCGGCGGAAAUUUCCAUGGGUACCGAAAUUUCCGAACAGGACAUCCUCAACAUUCAGAAUCUCUGUGAUGAGAUUCUCUCCAUCAGCGAAUAUCGAUCGCAUCUCUAUGACUAUCUGAAAACCCGAAUGAUGGCAAUGGCACCGAACCUGACGGUACUCGUUGGUGAUACGAUCGGUGCCCGGUUGAUCUCCCAUGCUGGUUCACUAGUCAAUUUGGCUAAACAUCCCGCAUCGACACUGCAAAUUUUGGGUGCGGAGAAGGCCCUUUUCAGGGCGCUAAAAACGAAAAAGGACACUCCAAAGUACGGUAUUAUUUUCCACGCCAGUCUGAUCGGGUCGGCCAGCACCAAGAAUAAGGGAAAAAUCUCCCGAUCGCUGGCUGCCAAAGCAUCGUUGGCCUGCCGAAUGGAUGCUUUCGGCGAGGAUGUCACAAUGGAACUCGGUACCGAGCAUCGUGCCAAGCUGGAAAUUCGACUCCGGAUGCUCGAGGAGGGUAACCUUUCCAAACUGUCCGGUACGGGCAAAGCCAAGGCCAAACUGGAGAAAUAUCACGCGAAAAGCGAGAUUAAGGUUUUCAAAAGUGGCGAAGACAGCACACUUCCCAUCGGGAAGAAGCGAAAGCUUUCCGAAGGUGUUAAGAUUGAGGAAAUCGAGGUCAAGCAGGAAGUUAAGGACGAACCUAUGGAUGAUACAACGUUUGGAGAGUCUUCUAAGAAAAAGAAAAAGAAGAAACAAAAGACUCUUGACGAAACAAGUGAAUCAAUCGAUGAUUCGAUGGUGACUGCGAAAACCGAGGUCGAGGAAGCACAACCGGAGGACGAGUCCCAGCAGGAGAAAAAGAAGAAGAAGAAGAAAAAGAAACGCGAAAGUGCUGGAGCACAGCAGCAGGAGCAAGAAGAAGCGGAAAACGAAGAAAGUAUGAUGCUACAGGAUGAACCUGCUUCAGCAACACCCAAAUCAGAGAAGAAAAAGAAAAAGAAGCAAGCGGACGGAGAUAGCGGUAGUUAGAAUGUAUUAUUGGCAACGUUAAAUCACAGAGCAGUUUUCAUUAUUAUUUUGAACUUUGAAUCCUUCUCGAAAAAAUAAAGUUCUAAGAAUUGUUUUUAAAACCUUGAA